AUGGAUCAUAGAUUCGACACCAGGCUUCAACAUUCUCUUGAAGCCCCGGCUUCACAGCCUUUGACGGUGGAUGAAUUCGAGAGCCAUGUGGACUCUGGUCCAUAUUCCACUAGCGAGACGAUUCAGAAGGCCUACGCCAUCAAUUAUAGCCCUACAUCUCUACCGAAUUUCCAGAGUCCCAGCUAUUCAACGCAAGAAAUGAUACCCGUGGAAUAUGUUGGUUCCACGUCGCUCUCUGAACGGCAUCCUUGCCGCCGGAAAUCAGCCUCAAAUGCAAACGACGAGGCAGAAAGCCUUAGCAGUAUGCACCUCCGACGCCGUGCACAGAACAGAGCAUCGCAGCGAGCUUUUCGCGAACGCAGGGAAAGACACGUCAAGGCUCUAGAGGAGCGGCUGCAUCGUCUCCACGAGCAGUACCGAGAGUUGCUGCAAUCCUACGCCCGUCAAUCGGAAGAAGUUGGGAGACUAAACGACAGGAUAAAGGAGUUGAUGGCCGAGCUCGAAACACUGAAACCGGAAAAUGCCAUGGAGUUCAACAAUAUGGUACUGCAGCACCGGUCAGGGAAUUUUGACGCGCUCCCGUAUCCACCGGCUGCAUUUUCAGACCAUCCAGACCCUGUAUCCUAUCUUGCAAUGCCUUCGUCUCGCACCCCAGGGUGA